AUGUUGAUUAUGAACCAGAGACAUCAACCGCCAGAUUAUUUAGACCAGAAACAUCGGUUAGUGGACAGUAUCGCCAUGGAUACUCAACUGAAUAUGGACCGGGAAACUCGAGCAGUAGGCAAUAUCGCCAUGAAUACUCAACUGAAUAUAGCCCGGAAAUCUCGAGCAGUGGGCAAUAUCGCCAUGGAUACUCGACACAGUCACAUUAUGGGCCAGAAACCUCGAGCAGUGAAAGCCGCCGUGCAUAUUCUACGUCUGUUCCAGACAAGCAAGACAAUACCGGAUAUACUGAGCACUUACCUCAAUAGGCAGCCUGGCUGCGCAGCCGGGCUGCGCAGCCAGGCUGCCUAG